CGCCAUUGGCCGCGGCGCGCCGGGCUUUCCCGCGCGCGGGAUGGCGGGGGAGCGCGCGGCGGGGCUGGUGCGGGAGCUGCACCGCGCGGCCGGCGGGCACCUGCCGCCCUUCCGUGCGGAGGGGCUGCGGCAGGCGCUGGAGGAGAUGCGGGCGCUGUACGAGCGGAACCAGGCAGACGUGUCCGAAGCGAAGUCGGGGCGGACAGACCUGAUUUUCCUCAUCCGGUUCCGGCACUGCUGCCUGCUCCGAAACCAGCGCUGCCUCCUGGCCUACCUGUACGACCGGUUGUUGAGGAUCCGAGCCUUGAGGUGGGAGUAUGGCAGCGUCCUGCCAAACGCCAUCCAGUUUCACAUGUCAGCUGAGGAAGUGGAGUGGUUCAAUCGGUACAAGAAGUCUCUGGCUACCUACAUGAGAUCAGUAGGAGGAGAGGAGGGGCUGGACCUUACACAGGACUUAAAACCUCCUAAGAGCCUGUACAUAGAAGUGCGGUGUUUAAGAGACUAUGGAGAAUUUGAGAUUGAUGAUGGUACCACUGUCCUGUUGAAGAAGAAUAGCCAGCACUUUUUACCCCGCUGGAAAUGCGAGCAGUUGAUCAGACAAGGAGUCCUUGAGCACAUUCUGUCAUAAGCAUGCAGGGCAGGAGGGACCACAAUGGAGACUGAACUGUGGUGGAUGUGCAAGACUUAAGCACCUCAACAUUUCUGCAGUGGACACCUUGCCACUCCUCUUAAUGGCCUUUCAUACCUGACAUGAAGAUCAGCCCUGAUAAAAAGUAUGCAAACCAUACUGGCCAGCUCUUCAUGACCAAAGGGUGCAUACUGGUAAUGUAGCAAUCCUAGGAAUCCAGCAUAGUGGAGGGAGGAAUUGGAACAGGGAAUGGGGAGGGGGUUUUAUCCAAGCCCCUCUGCUACAAAAAGGUUUUGAGAAUGCAUAGUUAUUUGGAGCAGUUCUUUGUUUACAACUACACAUGUGGGAGUAAGAGACGAAGCAGCUGGGCUCCAGGAGCCAGGACAGCUCCAUCAUUGCAAAAUAAAGAACUGCUUCAGCCUUCAAUUUAGUGUUUUUCAAGAAUAAAUAUUGUGUUUGUUAAA